AUGUCCUCGCCAACAUCCGUCGAAGAGGAUGGGGAUAUUAAACUGAAAACGAGGUUUCACGGACAGGUUGUUGUUCUGUAUGCUCGCCCACCACUCAUCCUCGACGACUUCUUCGCACUGCUCCGUGACGCCUGCAAACAACAUGCAAAACAGGAUAUCACAGUAAAAUGGAUUGAUGAAGAUGGAGAUCCAAUUUCUAUCGACUCUCAAAUGGAACUUGACGAAGCUGUGCGUUGUCUGAACGUCAGUCAAGAAGCCGAGCUGAAUAUUCACGUCUUUGUUGGAAAACCAGAGUUGCCAGGACUUCCAUGUCAAGGAGAAGAUAAGACAGUAUACAGGCGUGGCGCACGGAGAUGGAAGAAAAUCUACUUGUACAAUGGGCAUAGAUUCCAAGGGAAACGGCUUAACAGACGCAUUCAAUGCUUCAUUUGUCACGACUACAUCUGGGGAAUCGGGCGGCAAGGUUUUCGAUGCGUAGAUUGUCGACUAUGCGUUCACAAAAAAUGUCAUCGGCACGUCCGAACACAUUGCGGCCAGACCCCACAAGGACCGAAUGUUCCAGUGGCUCCAAGCAGUGGAGUUGGAUCACUCAGAGGCGGCAGAUUAGACACCAGCUCAUCCACAACACGAUCUGGAGGUGGAAUCGACAACGGAGCAUUCCAUGAGCAUGAGAUUGAAUCGCCUGGAUCAGCAAAAGAUAUGAGUAGAAGCACGAAUGGAAACGGCGCAUCGAAGUGGGCAGUUUCACUCAACGACUUCCGCUUGUUAACUGUGAUUGGACGUGGAUCAUAUGCCAAAGUUGUUCAAGCAGAGCACAUCGCAACCCGUCAGAUUUAUGCAAUAAAAAUCAUCAAAAAGGAAAUGUUCAACGAGGAUGAAGAUAUUGACUGGGUGCAAACCGAAAAAUCGGUAUUCGAAGCUGCGUCCAACUAUCCAUUCCUCGUUGGAUUGCACUCAUGUUUCCAGACUGAAUCUCGUCUCUUCUUCGUCAUCGAAUUCGUUCCAGGCGGCGAUUUGAUGUUUCAUAUGCAGCAGCAAAGAAGACUUCCAGAAGAGCAUGCUAGAUUCUAUUCUGGCGAAAUCAUUCUUGCUUUACAUUUCCUUCAUUCUCGUGGAAUUAUUUAUCGAGAUCUGAAACUUGACAACGUGCUUAUCGAUGCAGAAGGACACAUCAAAUUGACAGAUUACGGAAUGUGCAAGGAGAAUAUAAAUGCGGGUGAUUUGACAUCGACAUUCUGUGGAACGCCAAACUACAUUGCACCAGAAAUAUUACGAGGUGAUGAAUACGGGUUCAGUGUUGACUGGUGGGCACUGGGUGUUCUUAUGUUUGAAAUGAUGGCUGGCCGUUCUCCAUUCGAUAUUGUCGGAAUGCAAAACUCUGAAGAGAACACUGAAGAUUAUUUGUUCCAAAUCAUUCUCGAAAGACAAAUUCGUAUCCCACGAUCGCUUUCAGUUCGUGCUUCCAAUAUCCUCAAAGGGUUCCUCAAUAAAGAUCCAUCGCAGCGAUUGGGAUGCAAAUUAGAUAUCAAUGACGGACUCAACGAUAUGAAAGAACAUGACUUCUUCCGAGGAUUCAUUGAUUGGGAAGCACUGGAACAGAAAGCUGUUGCUCCGCCAUAUCAUCCAGCUGUGGAGAGUGAUCGCGAUUUGACGCAUUUCGACCACCAGUUCACCGACGAACCACCACAGCUUUCUCCAGACAAUUCAGCUGUCAUCGCGCGCAUCGAUCAAUCAGAAUUCGAUGGUUUCGAAUAUGUGAAUCCAUUACAAAUGAGUCGAGAAGAUUCAGUUUAA